GCGGGCGGGGGAGGGGAGGCGGGAUGCGGGGAGCGCGGGGCGCGGGGCGCUGAGUGGACGGCUGAGACGGCGGCGCGAGCCGCAGCAGCGCCCGCGAGCCGCGCGUUGGCACAGCCGGGCUGCGUUGCCAGGCAGGAGCUGCGAUCCCGGCGGCGCGGGCGCACAACAAGAUGUUCAAGGUGUCGGCCGUGGUGUGUGUGUGUGUCGCGGCUUGGUGCGGUCAGGCGCUGGCGGCGGCCGUGGCGCUGGCCGCGGCCGGGGGGCGGUCGGACGGUGGUAAUUUUCUGGAUGAUCAACAAUGGCUCACCACCAUCUCUCAGUAUGACAAGGAAGUCGGACAGUGGAACAAAUUCCGAGACGAUGAUUAUUUUCGCACUUGGAGUCCAGGAAAACCCUUUGAUCAAGCUUUAGAUCCAGCUAAAGAUCCAUGCUUGAAAAUGAAAUGUAGUCGCCAUAAAAUGUGCAUUACUCAAGACUCUCAGACUGCAGUCUGUGUUAGUCAUCGGAGGCUUACACACAGUAUGAAAGAAACAGGGACAGGCCAGAAGCCAUGGAGAAGCCUCACAUCAUCCACUUGCAAGCAGUGCUCAGGAGUGUACACCAGCCCUGUUUGUGGUUCUGAUGGCCAUUCCUUCUCUUCUCAGUGCAAACUAGAGUACCAGGCAUGUGUCUUAGGAAAACAGAUUUCUGUGAAAUGUGAAGGACGGUGCCCAUGUCCCUCAGAUAAGUCCACCAGUUCAAGCAGAAAUGUUAAGAGAGUGUGCAGUGACCUGGAGUUCAGAGAAGUGGCCAAUAGGUUACGGGACUGGUUCAAGGCCCUUCAUGAAAGUGGAAGCCAGAACAAGAAGGCCAAAGCAUUACUGCGGCCAGAAAGGAGCAGAUUUGAUACAAGUAUUUUGCCAAUUUGCAAGGAUUCCCUUGGCUGGAUGUUUAACAGACUGGAUACAAACUAUGACCUGCUGUUGGACCAGUCAGAGCUUGGGAGCAUCUACCUUGAUAAGAAUGAGCACUGUGUCAAGGCAUUCUUCAAUUCUUGUGACACCUACAAGGACAGUUUGAUAUCCAACAAUGAGUGGUGCUAUUGCUUCCAAAGACAGCAAGACCCACCUUGCCAGACAGAACUCAGCAAUAUCCAGAAGCGACAAGGGGUAAAGAAGCUCCUAGGACAGUACAUCCCCCUGUGUGAUGAAGAUGGCUACUACAAGCCAACACAGUGCCAUGGCAGUGUGGGGCAGUGUUGGUGUGUCGACAGAUACGGAAAUGAAGUCAUAGGAUCCAGAAUAAAUGGAGUUGCUGACUGUGCUAUAGAUUUUGAGAUCUCUGGAGAUUUUGCAAGUGGAGACCUCCGUGAAUGGACUGAUGAUGAAGAUGAUGAUGAUAUGAUGAAUGCUAAAGAAGAAAUUGAAGAUGAUGAUGAAGAUGAAGGGGAUGAUGAUGACGAUGGUGAUGAUCAUGAUGGGUACAUUUGAUCCAGCUGAGGUCAAUAGAGCCUACAUUUCUAAUAUUUACAAAAUUACAGCCUAUUGAGAGUUACCUUCCUACCCCCAAACAAAAUGAUUCUAAACCUCUCAUAUAUUUUGUAUAAUUAUUACAAAUAUUGUAGCAAAAUUCCUAGAACUUUGAUGUUUAAAUAAGAGUCAUUUGCUUUCAGUUUAUCUAUGCCUUAGAAAGAAAGACAGUGCAUAUAGAGUAUAGCCAGAAAAAGGGAAGUUGUGAAGAUCUAGGGGAGUAAUUUUUUUCAAAAGAACAAACUUUAUUU